AGAAUGCUCUAGAACCUCCAGACAAAAGGCUGGAACCAGGAUCACAGAGCAUUCCAAUGCCUUCCCAGCCUAGGUGGGGCCAGCCCUCCCUCCAGCAGCCCCCAGCAGGCCUCAUGUGGACACUGGCACUAGGUGGGAUCUUCCUGGCAGCCGUUGAGGCCUGUGUCUUCUGCCGCUUCCCAGACCGUGAGUUGUCGGGCCGCCUGGCUCAGCUUUGCAGCCAGAUGGAGGUCCAGUGGAAGGACUGUGAGGUCUCCUGGACAUUCUCGGCCUUUGCCUUAGAUGAUGCAUCCUUGAACAAAAUCACAGAGAAGACUCACAGAGUCCUGAGAGUCAUGGAGAUCAAAGGGUCUCUCUACUCACUCCCUUCAUAUUGGCAAUGGCUUCGAAAGACCAAGCUCCGGGAGUACAACAGAGAAGCUCUCUGCCCUCCCGCCUGCCGUGAGGGGCAGCACCAUCCUGUACAACUGUUCCACCUGCCAGGGCUUCGAGGUGUACUGUUGGCCCCGAAAGCGCUGCUUCCCAGGUCCUUACUCCCCACCUCUGCCUCACCCCCACCCAGAUCUCUGAGCUCUGAGGCUUCCCCAGCAUCGAUGGGUAUGGUCCCCGGGAUCACUCACUGCCUCCUGGGUCCCUUAUAGGAAGUCACGAUCUUUGGGAAGCUCGGAUCCUGCUCCUCUUUGUGUGCGGAACUGCCCUGCUCCUGGGUGUUCCGAGCCUCGCGGUGGAGUGAGUUGGGGGAUCAGGGCGGGAGACAGCCUCAUCACUUCCCACCAGUACCCCCUCAUCCUUCCUCCUGCCCUCGCGGCCCUUUCCUCCUCCCUUCCCAGGCCUCCCACCCUCUGUUUUCCCUCAGGUACAACUACUUCCAAGCAAAAAGUUGACUUGUGAAAACGAGAACAGAGCCUAGCCUCCAGUUCUAAGGAGCUCGUGUGCUCACAACAUCCACUUCUCUCUUGGGGUUGGGGGUGGGGUGGGGAGGGCGGGGGACAGCCCAACCCUUAGUUCCAGCCCCAAGUGGUUCAAUCUUCCAGACCCUGAUACUCAGACAUACCCCAUAGUCCCAGUGUCAGAUGGUCCAGGGACCCAGGCACCCACAGCUGGAAAGCUCCUCCCCUUCAUCCCUCAACCAAUCAGACGGGGGCAGUCCCCGUGCCAGGAAAAUAUCUACAGAAGGAAAGAAUCCCCUCUGCUCACCACCACUCCCACAUCUCCUUCUGCCUGUUCCCGGAACGUGGGGGCUGCCAGGCCCCAGAAACUCCUCUUGGCCCUCCUGUGACUGAUUGGGAAUCCGGGAAUGAGUGUUCUGGAAAAGUCCCUCCCCCUAGAAUGAGACCACAGCAGUCAGCCUGCUGGCAUGCUCCCCUUCCAUUUAACAUUGUGAAGCCUCCCACAGAGAGAGGCCUCCCUCCUGCCAGGCCCAACUAAACGUGCUGUCAAAUGGC